AUGGCUACCAGAAACUUGAGUCUACUGAUUGCACUUCUUGUCGUUUGGGAUUCUGUUUCCAUCAGCCAGUCUGCGCUUCAGAUUAGUCCUGCGAUUUUAAAACAAGUCAGAAAACUGCAUGCAAGAUGUGUUAAUCAGACUGGAGCAGACGAUGUAAUGCUGCAUCAGGCUCAAAAGGACAGAGUUAUGCUGCACGAUCCGGCCUUUAAGUGCUUCUUACACUGCAUGUUUGACAUGUUUGGACUGAUGGACUCUCAAAACGUUAUGCAUAUAGAGUCCUUAAACGAAGUCUUGCCGGAGGAAUAUCAUGAUAAAAUAAACGAACUAGUCGGAAAAUGUGGCACUAAACAGGGCAAAGAUGGCUGUGAAAUCGCCUAUGAAACUGUAAAAUGUUAUCUGGAGGUGAACAGACCAUUUAUAAUGGACGAGAUAAUUGCCAUGAUUGGAUAGCAAUAGCUUCUACGUACCUGAACACAUCCCGAUCCACGAUCCCUAGAAGCAAAAAGCAGCGCAGGAUUCUCAGAGACUCGAUCUGAACGCGAACCAUCCGGGCCUGUCAAAGAGAUUCAGUUUAACGGAAUUCCCAAUUGUGACAAAAAUAUAAUAAAACCUUGGUAUCCUGAAGGAACAAAUA